GGAGGGCCAAAGGGGCUAUGGGGAAAAUAUCUCUCGCAACAUCAAAAUAAACCUCAUAAAUUCUUUUACCAAUGUUUUAUUUUUUGGCUUUUACAAAUGCAAUAUACUUUUGUGUUAAAAAGGGUGUCAUUAUGAAAAAGUGGAAACGGAGGUUAUGCAUCGUGAAGAGAGGGACAUAAUGUGUCCCUAGAACUCUUGAAAAUAUGAAAUCAAACUUAUUGUAUCUUGCUGAAAUCAUUAAAGUGUAUAACAUUUCUUUACUUUUCUGAUGAAAAAAAUUGAUCCAAAGGAAUUCUUUCUACAAAGUCAACAGAUCUUUUUAACCCCAAACCACCGUUUUGAUCUGCUGGUUAUUAACAAAUCAUAAAUAUUAACCUAUGAAUUAGUAAAUAAGAUGAAUCUGUUUAACUUCAGAAGAGAGAGGCAAGGUUAAGAUUUGAUCAAUUACGCAAAAAACGAUGGCCAAGAUUCGGUUUUGCUGCAUGCCUUCGCAAUCACCAUAUAUAAUUCAUAUGUAGCUCGUUGAACAUAGCUUAAGAGGUGUGCAAACUAAGGGCUGGCUAAGACUAGAGCAUUAACAACUGAUAUUAGCAAAGCUGAAAUUGUUAAAGGGUUUUUCUAAGAGCUGGAAAGUGAUAAAGACCUGAAAACAGAAAGCAGAUGUUAAACAGAAACCAACGUAAUACUUGUACGACUAUAACAAAAUUUGAAAAGCAGUGGAAUCCAAUUUAAAUAUCACAAAUUAAAGUUUAAACAGAAUUCCCAAACUUCAUAUUUCCCAGGGCAUUGAUAAUAUAUCUGUAAUGAAAAAUUUUUUGUUUUUAUAAUUUCUGCUUCUGUUUUGGGAAACUAAAGCUUUCACAUCCUAAAGAAUAUGCAUUUGUUUGUGAAGAAUAUACAUUCAUUCUUGAGCAAAUCUUCAGCAGGUAUGAUGGAAGAAUUUGAAGAGAAAUUUCAAUCUUUGAGAAAAUAAUGAAGACGAAAGCUUAAUUUGAAUGUUUCCAAGCUUGUUGACGAUCAACAAUUAUUUUUUUCAAAAUGAGCGGACUAGCGCAUUAAUUUCUAAUCUGCAAAGGGAGUGGACUUAAAACAAUUUUUGCUUAACAAGUCAAUCUAAUAGAAUCUCUUUACAAGUCUUCUGCCUAUUAAUUUUUAUCUAUUUCCCGCCAGGAAAAUUUAAUUGAUUGGCUAAUCACUCAAAAUUAACUCAACAAUUUCAAAAACGAAUUUAACCAUUUCCUUUAAAGAGCCCUGUUCUCAACCCCACCCUGAUCAUUCCAACACCCUUUGGCUAGAAAUUUUUGAGAACAGAGUGGCAAAGCGAUAACAUCAUAAAACCAAUGCUUAGAAAUGCGGAUUUUGUUCACCAAACCUAAAAGAACUCCCUUGGAUACUUCUAAAUAUGCAAAAUCAGCUAGAUUUGUUAAAAAUUACCUGGGAUAUUGCUACAUAAGUACAUGUUUUUUCCUUAUAAAACAGUGUAUUUUUGCCCUGAUUUUACAACUUAAGAACCUACCUUAAAUAACGGUAAUCCGUUGACAAACCUCAAAUCUUUCUUUGGUAAUAUCUUAAGGAAUAUGAAACAGAUUAAACUGGUUUAGACAUUUAGAAGUAUUUUACUGUGUUCUUUGUGGUCGUGUGGUCAAAUUUUAUCUUCACUUCAAAAGUCUUCACUUUGCUACUUUACUGCAAAAAUGAAUUUUUGUACCAUGUCAGCAAACAUGACGGAGGAGCACCGCAUUUCCCGCCAGUGAACCGGGAAGCAUUUGUCCAAAAUGGCAAAACCAGGUUUAAGAAAGUCGUGUGGGCUGCUUAAGGCAAUUUAUGGAAAAAAUCAAAACAUUAUUCUCAGUUACAAGGAUACAGGCCUUUCAUGGUUUCUUUGGUACUGUACAAGCUUUGUCAACAUGAAGCCCACGAGACAAAAUGGCUUCAAAUUUAUCAAGGAAAGUCUCAACAAAGAUGUAAGUGCAAAAUACUGUUGCCGCAUAAUUAUGGUCGACACAUGCUCACCUGCCUCACAUAACCUCAUUUGAAGAAUGUCGAUGGAGCGUAGAAUGUCGUUUGGCCAAGAUCGCCGCACUUGGAGAAAGAAGUUCAAGAACGAUAGCAAUGAUAAUAAUGAGUCCAAAUCAAAGGAAACUUCAAGGAACCAGUCCAGGGACCAGUCUAUGGAUUUGAAAGACGAAGAGAUGCCUCUUGAGUCAGGCGACUCUAGCCGCCUACAAAUUGCAGUUGGUGCCUUUCAGCGAAAAUACCGCUCCAUGUCUGUGUAUGGUGAACAUGUCAUCGACAUAGCGGAAAGAUCCAAAAAGGCAUUGUUUAUUUUUCCUGAAAGAAAUUCGAUCAGGAUGUUCUGUAAAAGGGUUGUGGAGAACAAAAUUUUCGAGUAUUUUAUCCUGCUAACAAUUGCUACCAACUGUGUGGUGCUGAUGAUUGCAAAGCCUCUACCGAAUGAUGACUUAACAAAGCUCAAUGCACAGUUGGAAAAUGCAGAUGCUGUUUUUGUAGCAAUUUUCACUUUAGAAGCGAUUUUGAAAAUAAUUGCAUACGGUUUCUUUUUCCACUCGGAUUCCUAUUUACGAAGUGGCUGGAAUAUUCUUGAUUUUGUUGUAGUUGUUGUAGGUUUAGUUCAAGUUUCUAGUCUUAGCAAUGAUUCUGACACGAAACGAAAUUCAGAGUCGAUAAGAGCCCUGAGAGCCAUUCGAGUUCUUCGUCCUUUAAAACUGGUAUCUGGGAUACCAAGCCUCCAGGUUGUGAUGAAGUCGCUUAUAAGGGCAAUGGUGCCCCUUUUACAGAUUUUGUUGCUGGUCCUUUUUGUUAUUGUCAUUUACGCCAUCGUUGGUUUGGAGUUGCUUCGAGACAGCUUCAAUUUCACUUGCUUUAGGAAUACUUCUAGCGGAUUUGUUUUGGCUCUGAAUGCAGACGAAAGACCGCGUCCUUGUGAUAAGAAAAAUGGUUGGGGCAGAGCGUGUGGUUUUGGCGAAAUCUGCCGCAAAGCAUCUCCCAGUGAGUGGGAAGGGCCUAACGAUGGUAUUACAACAUUUGACAACAUGUUUUUGGCAAUGUUGACUGUGUUCCAAUGCAUCACACUUGAAGGAUGGUCAGAUGUGCUGUAUCUUACCAUCGAUGCAAAGAAUCAGAAAUACUCGCUGAUAACUUGGGGUGCUUUCACGCUUCUUAUUGUCAUUGGCUCGUUCUUCAUGUUGAAUCUCGUUCUUGGAGUUCUUAGUGGAGAAUUUGCGAAAGAAAGGGAACGCGUAGAGAAGCGAAAGUCGUUUAUGAAACUACGGCGUCAGCGACAAUUAGACCGCCAAGUUGAUCAAUACUUGGACUGGAUAAACAAAGCAGAGGAAAUUAUACUUACUGAUGAAGUUUUCGAAGAUAAUAAAGAGGACCCCCUGGGAACCCAAUUAGCAACCGCUUCGCAGAAUGUGAUGACCCCCGGUUGCUCGACAAGGCAACUGUUACAGGAAGAAAAAGAAGAACUGAAGAAUAUGCAGAAUUCAGUGAUGAGUCAAAACAUGAUCACGACCCCCCGUAAAAAAAAAAGCUGCUUUCUGAUGAUCAAGAAAUGCGAGAAGCGAUUCCGUCUGCUUAUAAGGAAACUGAGCAAGAAUCAAAUUUUCAAUUGGGCUGUUCUUGUACUGGUUUUUCUCAACACUGCUGUGAUGUCAUUGCAAGAGUACGGACAAGAGGAAUGGCUAAGCCGGUUGCUUGAUUUAUCCGAAAAAGUCUUCACUGCUUUAUUUUUUGCCGAAAUGCUAUUGCGAGUUUAUGGACUGGGACUCAAAGUUUAUCUGCGUUCAGCUUUCAAUAAAUUUGACUUUACAGUUGUAUGGCUAAGUAUUGGUGAUUUAAUCUUGUACAAAUAUGCCAACGAGGAGCUUGGAAUAAGUGUGCUGCGUUCGUUCCGGUUGCUGCGAGUUUUCAAGAUCACAAGGUUUUGGCGAUCAAUGCAAAAUGUGGUGACGUCACUGAUGAACAGCAUCAAGUCGAUUUUAAGUUUGAUUUUGCUGCUGUUGCUGUUCAUUCUCAUUUUUGCCCUGCUAGGCAUGCAGCUUUUCGGGGGAAUGUUCCAUAAAAGUAUGACUCAAGCAAGAACGAAUUUUGACGACUUUGUCAAAGCAAUGUUGGCUGUAUUUCAGAUAAUGACAGGAGAAGAUUGGAACUCGGUGAUGUACAAUGGUAUCAGUGCUGCAGGGGGACCAAAAUCAUUCAAAGGAAUGCUGGUGUCUCUUUAUUUUGUGGCACUUGUUAUCAUUGGCAAUUACACACUGCUGAAUGUGUUUCUUGCUAUCGCCGUUGACAAUUUAGCGAACGCGCAGGCUUUGACACGUGACGAAGAACUUGAAAUGAAGAAGCAAGAAGAAGCAAAACAAAUGAGACGGAAGAAGAUGAAUGAAGAUAAAUGGAGCAAAGUACGCGCCGUGCCGAAGAUCCUAGCAAUAAGAAGGAGAUCAGACAUGAAUGACAACCCAUUUUCUGGGAUGACAUUUCAAAGAAGAGACCAAAAUAAUACAAGAAAAAGACCCGCAGAUGUAUCUAAGCAAAAAGAGUCGGCCGGUGCUGAGAAGUUGUGCGACGUCGUGUUUGAAUAUCGCCGAACGAAGAAAGACGCUGCAUCUCUAGGGGAAUCUUCUCAAAGAACAGGGGAAGCUUCCCAAAGAACAAGAAACAGGUCCCGACCACAUGGCUCAGGAAGCUCUCAAACCAAAAUUCUGCAGAGAAGACAGCUGUCCGCCGUAAAAAUCAUCCACGGGCGCUCCCUGUUUCUCUUCUCGACGAACAACAGGUUCCGGCUAUUUUGUCACAGCUUGGUGAGCCUGAAGCAUUUUGAUCAUAUCAUGCUUGUUAUCAUCAUACUGAGCAGCAUUAUCUUGGCAAUGGAAGAUCCGCUGGUUGUUUCAUCCAAGCACAAUGAUCUGCUGAGAGAUAUCGAUAUUGCAUUUGUGUCAAUUUUUACUUUUGAAGUGUUGUUAAAGAUAGUUGCUCAUGGUUUUAUAUUACAUAAAGGCUCAUAUCUUCGAGAUUGGUGGAAUGUUAUUGAUACCUUUAUCGUCGCCUGCAAUAUCACGGCUAUAGUAUUAAGUUACCAGGGUGACGACUUAGCUUCGGGUGGAGGCCAGACGUUAAAGUCAAUGAGGGUUUUGCGAGUUUUUAGGCCACUAAGAGUUGUAAACAAGCUGGAAAAAUUAAAGGUCGUCUUCCAGUGCAUGGUUUUCUCGUUGAAAAGAGUGAUAAACAUAAUAAUCAUCACCAUGUUGUGUUUGUUUAUGUUUGCUGUUAUUGGUGUACAUCUAUUUCAAGGCAAGUUUCAAAGCUGUAAUGACGUCACAAAACUAACCAGAGAGGAAUGCCAGGGAGAAUUCUUCAUGAUGAAAAACUGGCAUCUCUCUGAACUAGCGGUCCUGCCUCGUGUCUGGAAAACAUUUGAAUUCAAUUUUGAUACAGUGCCUUCUGCCAUGCUGACACUUUUUACAUCUGCAACUGGCGAAGACUGGCCCAGAGUCAUGCAUUUAACAAUCGAUUCAACCAAAGUCGAUCAUGGCCCAGUACUAGACAACCGUGUGCACAUGUCCCUGUACUACGUCUGUUUCGUUGUCAUCUUCAGUUUCUUCUUCCUGAAUAUUUUUGUUGCUUUGAUCAUUGUCACAUUUCAAGAAAGAGGCGAACGGGAGCUGACUGGAUGCGAAUUAACAAAAAACCAGCGAGCCUGUCUGCAGUUUGUGCUACAAGCAAAGCCAAGACAAAGAUUCAUGCCACAAAACAAAGACGGCGUCUGCUACAAAGUCUGGCGAGUUGUAGACUCAAAACUGUUUGAGAUCGCCAUCAUGACGCUGAUUGCUCUCAACGCCAUUGUGCUUAUGCUUUCGACUGCAGAUGAGAGUCCCACGUAUAGAGAUACUCUGGAGAUGCUCAACCUCUUUUUCACGCUGAUAUUCACCUUAGAAGCCUGCCUCAAACUCAUUGCUUACAAACUGAAUUAUUUCAGAGAUGGAUGGAAUGUCUUUGACUUCUUAAUUGUUUUCAUGACCUUAAUUGGUGCUUUUGUCAACCAUUACAAGAAUGAUUCAACUAUCGACCCGAGUUUCUUCAGGCUUUUCCGUGCCUUCAGGUUGAUCAAGCUUCUGAAGCAAGGCUACAAUAUUCGUGUUUUGUUAUGGACAUUCUUACAAUCUUUUAAGGCCUUGCCCUAUGUCAUGCUCCUAAUAUUGAUGUUGUUCUUCAUAUACGCUGUUAUUGGAAUGCAACUGUUUGGAAGAGUUAAGUUAGACCGGAAAACACAACUGAAUGAUUUCAACAAUUUCACCUCCUUUUCGAAGGCUUUGCAAGUCCUCUUCAGGUGUGCAACGGGUGAAGCUUGGCACAUGGUGAUGCUUGCAUGUUCCAGUCAUGCUGUUUGUUAUGAUGACGAGAGCAAAAUAUGUGGAUCGACAAUAGCAGCGAGCAUCUAUUUCUGUUCCUUCUAUUUCUUCUGCUCCUUUUUGCUUCUGAAUCUAUUCGUUGCUGUCAUUAUGGACAAUUUCGACUACCUGACUCGGGAUAAAUCAAUUCUCGGUCCGCAUCACAUGGAUGAGUUCGUCCGGGUUUGGUCUGAAUAUGAUCCUUCCGCUUCAGGCAGAAUUCCACAUACUGAGGUGUACUAUCUUAUGUGCGAUAUGCAGCCUCCUGUUGGCUUUGGAAGAAAAUGUCCGAAGUUCCUUGCAUACAAGCGUUUGAUGAGAAUGAACAUGCCAGUCAGCGGCGAUAACACAGUUUUGUUCAGAACAACAUUAUUUGCACUGGUUAGAACCUCGAUGAAUAUGACACCGAAAGACAAGGGCUGCUUCAGAGAUAAUAACUUUCGACGUAUCAUACGCAAGCUUUGGCCCAAUACAACACAAAGGAUGCUGGAUGUCAUACUUCCAGAGCAGUCAGUGCUAAGCUCGCAACAAAUAACGAUUGGAAAAAUUUAUGCAGCGAAACUGAUAUACGAAAGUUUCAAAGAAAUGAAAAGACGACGAGGCAGCAGUACCUCUACUGAAACCGCUCAUGAAGGGAACUCGCAGAAGAGAGGAACGUCGAUCCUUCGGAAGAUGAUUGGUGUUUUCAGAACAUCUUCUCACCCUCUUCGUCUCAAUGCGGAUGGGCAGAAGAAACCCGAGCAGAGUUAUCUUGCUCAAAGGCGAAGAUCAAAGAGUUUUGAUGCAUUCCCUAUUUUCACAGGUCUUGAAGAUGCUCAUAAAACGCCACCAACAGACGCACGUGUAAAAAGAACGCAAUGGCGAUCGAGGUCGCUAAGACUCGGAACUUUAACUGAUCCGGAAGACAGCUUUGAUUUUGAUGAAGAUGAAAUGAGACAGUCUAGCAUUUCGAGAGCCACAGGAAUGACUGAUAUUUCACCUAGGGGAGAAAGUCCUCCCACAAGGAUUGACCUUGUUGAAGAGAAAAAUUCAACUCGAAUAACGGACAGUUUGAUAACAGCUUUGCGGGAUCCUUCCAAGCCAAUAUUAUGCUUUGUCAACUCACAUCUCCCCCAAGAGAGGUUGGAGGAGAGAGGGGAUGUUCACGCGAGGCAUCGUCCAGUUAGACCACGUGCUUCGACUUUGACUGUCUCUUUGCCAAUGAUUAAGUUGGAAAUUCCUGUCGAACAUGACGAAGACAUUAUGAACAUGUCUAUAAGCAGGGAGGACGUUGAGCAAUUUCUUCCGCAAGCAGCGAAUGAUUCUAUUCCGGACUUGAUUCUCUCUGCCACCGGUAUACAACGACCAAGAACGUAUUCUGGGCAAUCAUUAGGUAAAGAGUCGGUUUCUUCCAUGAGCAAUCCGUCCGGAGAAUGCUCAUCAAUGGCUGAAAAUUCUAACAAUGAAUUCCAGCGUGGAACGACUGAGGUUACUGUACAUAGGAAUGAUUUUAACGUUCCUAAAUCGGAACCAUGUGAAAAGUCCGAGAUAGCAAAGAAAAGAGACUCUCUAAGACGCAGUAAGCAGCUUCACGCUGCGAUAUCAGAUGACAGUCCGAUACAUCCAAAGCGGCGACGCGCGUUUGAGCGGGAAGCGGAGCUUGCGGAAAGCAGCCUAGAAGAUUUACAAUUGCUAUCAAUGGAAGAGAAACAGUGUGCAGAUGAGAGUGUAGGGAAAAAUCGUGAUAAUUUGAGUAGUUUUAUAAUAGCCAACACUGAUGCAGCAGAACCGACAUUUCACAACGAUAAUACUUCUUUAAGUGACAAUAAUACAAUUGAGUUGCAGUUUCUUAGAACUUUGCAAAGCGAAAUAAACCGCGCGGCACAAGCACCUCGCAGGGUAUUAGACUUUGAUCCAAAAGCUAAUGAUGAUGAAACAUGGUGUUAAAACAUCCUUCGUGGUCAGCUUUCAUAGUCCAGUCGUUUCAGAAAAUUGUUAUGGACGUUAAAGAAGUUCAAUUUUUAAUGGAAUAAUUACAGUGACAUCUUUAAUAACAAUGUUUAUACUCUUGGUUUUAGCAUAAAUUAUUGUAAAUAGAAUUCUUUGAUAAUUAGUUGACAGAGAAUUGUUUCAUGGGUAUUUGUUAACACAUUGUGAUGAGCAGAUGACGUCAUGUUUGGUAUUCAAUUCCCGUUGCAGACUUAGUUAACAUAACACCAAGAUUGUCAGGUAAUUUACAGUUUUCAACAUCACAGCCAAGACUUUAGAUGACGUCAUUUGAACCAAACAUGUAGCCACAUCCAAACUGCCCUUUUUUUGUUCCCUUUGAAUGGCUAUAGUAAUUUUGUGUAAGACACCAUUCAAUUCUUUCAGACAUAUGUGCAAUGAGAAAUUGCUUGUUGCUAAAGUAAUGAUGUUGAUACCACUUACCCUCUCUUGUUAGUAAGAAAAAUAUUUUUGAUGUUAUUGGCAGAUCAGGUAAUCUUUUUUCAAUGCCAGCAAACAGAGAUAAUAAGGCAGUUUUUAAAAUACAAAUAUGAUUAAACUGACACUUUUAGUGAUCCUUGCCCCUAUAAUCCAGGUUUCUUGUUCCUCUCCACUUCUCUGUUUUACGACCAGUUUUUUGUAAGUUUCAAUUUUUUGUAUGAGUUGAUGUAAAAUUAUACCCAUAGAAAUUUAAAUGGAUUAGGGGUGGGGCCAGGCAGUUGCAUGGCGAACAAAUUAUGAUGACCACACCCACCCCUCCAUUGAAUCAGCAAGCUAUGAGGGGUGCAUGUUGCCUUCCCCAUAACCCAACCUCUAUGGGCCUAUUUGAUACGUAGCAGAGCGACCAUGUUAUAAUUGUAAUUGAGAAUUUUAUCGAUCUAAGAUUCAUAUACAUAUAGUAUACAUAUUUAUUCGUGACGUUUUGUAAUCAAAUCUUACGCAAUUAAAACUUUUCUUUAAAGACAAUAUGGGAAGAUUUUUAGAACCUGACAAAGCAUUAAGAAAUGGUUUUUUUUUCUUUCUUCGUUUAAAACCUUUGCCAAUUAACAGCACUCAAACCGCAAGUCUGGUGGCGGAUUUCCUUUGUAGCGGUGAAUAGCUUACCAGUGCUUGGCCCUGAGGUCAACAAAUUGACGCAUGGCUUUUUUAAGUGAAAUUUUGAGCUACAGAAACAAAAACAAUGUUAAAAGUGAAAAUAAACUUUCAAAUGUAUGCCAAUUCAAAAUUCUAUAAUGUAACUAUAUUGGCUGAAAUGGAAAAAAAAUCAACCCCCCCCCCCCAGUCUAGCUAAUUGUCGAGCAUAUAAAGUUUCUUGCCAUUGUAAACAUUUGGAAAUUCUGUGGGCUACCCAGAAGAAGCUCGCUGCUCAAAGCAUGAAUUAGCAAAUUGUUCAAAAUCUUCUUACUUUUGAGAUCUGCAUGCAAUUUGUUUCCUUCUUGGUUAUGUUCCUAUCCAGUUAAGAAGCAAUUAUAUAUGAUAAUCUACAUUGAUUAGCUACAUAGGAACGAAAAAGUUUUCUUUCCUAGAAAAGUGAGACGUCUUUGUAGAAUAUGAGGAACUAACUAAAUAUAUACGCAACAUUCGAUUUUUAUUGCAAUCAUGAUGUGAUUUUGAAUAUGUGAAAAUUAGUUACAUACUUACAACAAAAGAUGAUAAUUUGGUUACAAUUAACAAUGAAAUAAUUUGCUUUACAUUUUCAAUUAUCAAUAUUGUUUUACAUUUGUAGAAUAUGACACAUACGCCCUUGACAGCAUAUUUUGAGAGCAAUGGACCUUGUUUAUCCCAACACACCAAGCUAACAUCACAAAGGUAAAAAUCACUGCUCCUCUUUGUGAAUAAUUUGUUUUGAUCGACGUAUACUGCAUUUUCAUAUAUCAUAACAUACAUAAGCAACUGACACACGUGUGAUUAUUGCCAUUAUCUAUAAUACAACUCAAAAUUGAUCUUAAAAUUCAUAUAGUCUAUUUUUCUAUGUGAUCUCCAUAUCAUAAACUACAUUAUAACUAUUUACAUAUUAUAUGCAUUAUCACAUCAUUAUAGAAUAUAAUUAAAAUUAGCUGGAAAACAGAGUUAAUUUUAAGGGAUUUUUAUCACUGCACAUAUUCAAAACUUUUGAAAUCUUGGGUGUCACCUUUUGAAAAUUUCAUGAUCACACCCAUCAAACCAACCUGAUUGUGAUCACUGUUACUGUUACGUUUUCGUUUUUAAUAUUGUAAUGCUCUUUUAUAAACUUUAUGUAUCUACUGGCAGAUGCUUCAGUUUUUCUUUUUCAAUUGUAAAUCUCUCUAUUUUAGCUUUAUCAUUGCACAAAUUUUAAGUUUAACACUGUACAAUAACGAUAUACCACUGCACAAAUUGGUUAUCACUGCACGUUAAAAUAAACCCUGCUGGAAAGCCGAACUUUUAUGUAGAUGUUGAAUUUGUAUAUUAAGAAGAAUAAGCACUACAUUAACCUAUGCAGAUUUGGAUGUUGAAAAGUUUUCUAUUUAGUUUGAAAACAAAGUCUUGGUUUUGAGGUUGCUUUAAGACUUUUGUAUUCCAGAGAGUUCCUCUGGACUUUUGUAUUUGUGAUUCCAGUUUAUAGUAGAAUCCCGUUAUAACGUACUCGGUUAUUACGUACUUCCCGAUAUAACGUACUGGUGUGUUUGGUCCCGGCAAAAGGAGUGUUUUGUUUGAGUCAAUUUUUACUUUCCCUGGUAACAACGUACUUCAGAUAUAACGAACUUAAUACGCCGGUCCCUUAAAGAACGUUAUAACCGGAUUAUACUGUAAUUUUCUUCAGAAUCUAUUUUUAUUCUAAUUCUAGAUUACAACGUGUGAAAUCUUUACGGCUUUUUCUGGACGUCGAAAAUCUAUCCCUCUGAAAGAUAAACACUUUAGAUGAGAAUUAUGAGAUUACUUAAUUAAGUCUAUUGCGAACAACAAUCUAACUCAAAUGCCCGGAAGGAACGCACACUAUUUUGGCUGUCAUUACUUUAAGCUUGUUUACCACCUUAACUUGCCACCUUAACUGUCUCAGUUUGAAGAAUGUAGAACAAAAAAGUUCAGAGAUCUUCAAAUUAUAUUUCCAAUUCAAGAGCAGCUGGUAAUUUUCUUAUCUUCAGCACUGGAAUCGCUUCCUUUUGUAACGUUAUCAACCAGGAACAAGAGAGUUGUUUUAAGUCAUGAAAAGGAAAAUUUAACAAUGGAAAGCAUUUCAAGCAAUUUUUCCUAUUUACCUCUUUCCGUGCAAUUUCAUUGAUCACCUAACAAUUCUGCCUACCAACUCAUGAAAAUCUGUAGGGGGGAGGGGGUUACACCACUACUUGUUACCUGUAAGGUUUGAAAAUCUGUAGGUGGAGGGGGAAACACCAGUAAAAAUUGAAAAUCUCUAAUGGGAGGGGAUAACACCAUUGCUUGUUACCAUAAAAUUUAAACGUACAAAACCUUUGUUGUAUGUUUGUGUUAGCAAGUUAUAUGAUGACGUUUUCCAUUAUUUCGUGUUGGUAAAAGCAAGUAAAAGGUGAUUUUUACUUCCAGGGAACAUUUCCUUUCAACGUUGCUAGCAAAAACCUUCAGAAGCAUGUCCUUCGAUACAUGGUUUCUCUGAAAACCCACUUUAUCUAUUAAUAGUGUUUAACGUGACUGGAUAGCAUAGGUUUAAAACUCCACAGAGUUAUUUGCAAACUAGCAACAAAAAUUUUACAAUUCUAGCGAUAUUUUCAGACAACAAUUCAUCCUUUACAAAUGAGUAUCAGCAACAGGUGAAGCUGAAAAUAUGAUCUUGUCAGCUUGGAUUGGAAAUGGAGCCCCUGAAGACCCAGAGCUGCUGCACGUAUCCGAGCUUCGCUUUUUCUCGUCACAAUAGGCUGGUACUUUCCUUUCGCAAUUUCGCUUAGAAAAACCUCGAAACAUUGCGUUGAUCUCCUUGCGAAUACCUUUGUGCCGAAACGCAUAAAUGAGGGGAUUAGCAAAACUGUUGCAGUAGAGUAGAGUAUUUGCGAUGUCCUCUAGCGAAAAGGGAAAGCUUUCGAAUCCUUCUGGCGCGUUAAGCAUCAACGGCUUAAUAAUCAGCUGUGGCAAAUACAUCACCACAAGUGUAACAGCGAUCAUUGCAAAGGAUUUCGUCAAGCGCUUCUCGCGACAUGAUGCGGAAGAAUCGGCAACGGAAACACUGAUUCGCGUAGUUUCACCUUCUUGUACGACGUUUGACUUGCUUCGGGAUGUGGAAAGAUUGCUUCGUUGUCCCAGAUUGACGAACAUGUAGAUAACAGCAAUAUAGGAAAUGAAUGUCGCGGCAAGUGAAAGGACGAUCACACCGGACACGGUGUAAACAAACAGUGGCACGGUCGCUGAAGAGAUGAAUCUCAAAAUCGGUAUCAGCAAGCAGAAGAGCGACGAGAAAACUACCGCAGAUACAAUGCGGUUGCGGUAUUUAUUCGCUUUGUACAUGAUAGGGCGAGCGAUAGCGAGAAAGCGGUCGAUGCUCAUGAUGGAAACUAGCAUUAACGAAGCACCGCAUAAGGUGUAGGACGAAUAAUUUAGAAUGAGCAGCAACCAGAAAUCAGCACCGCUCACGUUGUUGUUGGUGUAGUUUCGUCCUUGCUUCAGGAGAAAGUAGCCGUACAGGCUCUGUGAUAUGCAGCCACUUAAGAGGUCUGUUGUUGCUAGGGAAGCCAUGAGAAUGUUUGGCACUUUCCACAUGCGUGCUUUUGCCAGUUUUGCCAAUGCGAUAAGAACUAUGACGUUUUCAGGGAUAGUCAUCGCGGCAAACACGAUAUUCACUGCGGCAAGUCCAUAACAGAGUGAGCCACUACAGUGUGUUAGCGACCCAGCAUCCAUCGUCAAAACUAUGUCUCUUUUCUCUGUUUGGCUAGCUAGUUGUGAUGAAACUUGCUCGAUAGAGAAGAUUAGAAUUCAACAUUCACAAUAGAAAGUCAAUUCUUUUGCAUUUUUCAUAAACGUGAGUAUUUUUCGCUGACUAUCAAUUCUCUUCUUCUUGGGUUGUUAAACCUCUGCAGGCUGGUGUAACAGUGUUUUCUGGUCAGGUUCCCAGAUAAAACAUUUAUCCAGAAUUUUGCAACGUAUGGUUACAGAUGUCCUCUUUGUUUUCGUCAACUGUUAGUUUGGUUGUAAAAUUUUGCUUUAACUGCGUAAUUUUUUUGAUCCUUGAUUUGCAAAGAACUCCUCUUUGACGCUUUCCAGGUUUCUUAACUUUUCUUGCUGUUAUCACAAUA